UCCUUCCUUUAACUUCUGCACCAGGCACAGCAACACACCAGCCGGCGUUAAAACUACAUAAGCUACCAGUAUGGUUCUUAGACAGUGCCUUGCUUGUAACACCACGGUUUUAGGAACUUUGCAGAUUUGCACCUGUGGCCACGUGUUUGAGGAUAUUCGUCAGAUUGGAGGCAAGAGAUUUUCAGAAUAUCGUGCAAGUCUUUACACGAGACUGGAAGCCAAACGAUCGAAACCCACUGAAGAGAACAAAGCUAAUAGACCUAGUAGUGACUCGGAUUCAACUGAUGGUGACAGCGAGAAGCAGAUCGUUGUAAAGCCUAAAAAGAGCCGUCCAACCCUGCCCUCUUCCAGGACACCUAGGAGAACCAAAGGAAAAAGAAAGAAAGGAAAUCUAAGGCUUACACAAGACAGUUACAGUGCUCUUUUUCAGUCCCCUGAAGAUGAAGCCGCGCGAUUUUCUCGAGCACUUCAAGAAAUAAAUCGCAGACUCAUGGGACAGUCUAUGGCAUGGCUAUUUUAGAACUCUCUCAAGACAAAUGGAAGGAGAUGGAUCAGGAUGAUCGAUCGAUACACUUCUUAGAGCGUUGCUGUAAAGUGUGGUAAAAAUGAUAAGACAGUCUUGCCCAGGAUGCAGGGAACAUGCCGUGAUCAUAUCCACAACAUGUUAUCAGUCUGCGAAUAUGACAUUUGUUUAUACGUUUAUAUUUUGCUCAAAAGAAAUCAACUAUACGAUAGAUUAAUACUCAGUACAUGGAUUUGUCACCUGAUAUACUUGUUAGGAGUUUUCUUUGGCAUUGUUCUUGUUCAUAGAAUACGAGUAAACAUCUUUAAAACUAGGAUGAGUCGUAAAAAAAUAAAAGCAUAAAGUAACUGUUAUGAACACAUCA